AUGAACUGUAUUUUCUUUAUAUUUAUUGUAUUAAAUUUUGUGAGUGCAGAAGAAUCAUUCUUUGGACCUCAUCAACUUCGAGAACAUACAUAUUCAUAUGAUCCUAUUUUUGAAAAUACUUUCAUUUCAUUCAAUUAUGCACUUGUUGUGUUUAUCCUUCCAUUAGUCAUUCUUUUCAUUUCUUUAUUAUUCUUUUGUAAUGUUAAUGGAUUGUUCAGUGGUAAAGGAAUUUUAUCAUUAUUAUUCAUUGGAAGUGCUAUUGGAUUUGUUGGGUUUGUUGUUUACAGUUGGAUUUACCUUUCCUUCUUUGAAAUGCUUGCGUUUGGAGUAGUGAUUGUUCCAGUAGUACUUCUUCUUGCUUAUCUUGUUUCUGCUUGA